UCAUUCAGAGUUCAAAAACCCAUUCUUAACAGAAAAUCUGGCCAACAUGAACUCUGAUCCGAACACUGAAUGGAGGUCAAGUAUUGAAGGAGCAUUAAAGGACUUGGGACAAUGUAUAAAUAAUCUUAAUGCAAAGAUCGAUAACAUGUCUGUCUCCAGCAUUACGACAGCUCCCUCUGCUGGCGCUCGUGCGGAACCACCGAAGACACUGUCUGUUCAACCACCAUGUAUGGAGCCCCGUUUGUGCCCUCCGGAGAGAUUCGAGGGAAAUAUCGACCAAGGUAGAGCUUUUCUGACACAAUGUGAGAUUCAGUUUGAAUUACAACCCAGCUCAUUUCCCUCUGAACGGUCCAAGGUCGCAUACAUAAUCUCUUUAUUAACCGGAAAGGCUAAACUUUGGGGAACGGCCGAGUGGCAGAGAGACGCUGUAAUCUGUCACAGAUAUAAAGAUUUCGCUAGAGAGCUUCUCAGAGUUUUUUGCCCCAGACUUCCGCACC